UUGGUGUCGUCGGAGGCCCCGCCCACAAGGAGGCGGGACAUAGCGGGACUUGCCUGCCGUUCCGACUCCGGCCAGAUCCGCUAGCGUCCGGCCCAGACCGUCCCCCAGUCCGUUCGAGUCCAGAGGCACGCGCGCACACGAGCGGACCCCCCUUUAGGAUGUCUCGCGAGCAGCAGGCGGUGGCGGCCGCCAGGCGGGCCUUCGAGACCGGCCGCUCCAAAAGUUUGGAGCAUCGCGUCCGGCAGCUGAAGAACCUUCAGCGCUUCCUCACCGAGCGCCGCCACGACAUCUGCCGGGCCGUCAAGAAGGACCUCAACAAGAGCGAGGUGGUGGUCCAGAUGUACGAGACCCUGGGCCUGGAGGAGGAGAUCAGCCUGGCCCUCCGGAAGCUGAAGGAGUGGGCGGCGCCGCGGCCGGUGGAGAAGAACCUGCUGACCAUGUCGGACUCCGUCUACGUCAAAGCGGAACCUCUGGGUGUGGUCCUCAUCAUCGGGGCCUGGAACUACCCGUGGGCCAUCACCCUGCAGCCGCUCGUCGGCGCCAUCGCCGCCGGUAACGCCGCGGUGGUGAAGCCGUCCGAGGUCUGCGUCCACACGGCCAAGGUGAUGGACGAGCUGCUGCCCCUGUACCUGGACAAAGAGCUCUACCCGGUGGUGACGGGCGGCGUCCCCGAGACGCAGGAACUGCUGCGCCAAAGGUUCGACCACAUCUUCUACACGGGAAACAGCGCCGUGGGAAAGCUCAUCAUGGCGGCGGCCGCCAAGCACCUGACACCCGUCACCCUGGAGCUGGGCGGGAAAAGCCCGUGUUACGUCGACAGCAAGUGCAACAUCGCCAUCGCCUGCAGACGUGUGGCGUGGGGAAAGUUCACCAACUGCGGUCAGACCUGCAUCGCGCCGGACUACAUCCUGUGCGAGGCGGCCGUCCAGGAGCGCCUCAUCCAGGAGCUCCGCAAGGCCAUCAAGGAGUUCUACACAGACGACCCCAAGACGUGCUCGGAUUACGGCCGCAUCAUCAACCAGCGCCACUUCAGGAGGAUCAUGGCCAUGCUGCAGGACAGCACCGUCGCCGUGGGCGGAGAGAACGACGAGGAAGACUGCUUCAUAGCUCCCACAGUGCUGCGGGACGUCAAACCUGACGCCAAAGUGAUGCAGGAGGAGAUCUUUGGACCUCUGCUGCCCAUCGUGACUGUCACUGGUGUGGACGAAGCCAUCCGGUUUGUCAACAAGGGCGAGAAACCUCUCGCGCUCUACGUCUUCUCUGAUGACGACAAGGUCAUCCAGAAAAUGAGAGACGAGACCUCCAGCGGCGGACUUUUGGCCAAUGACUGUCUGGUGCACUACUCGGUCAGCUCGCUGCCUUUUGGGGGUGUUGGUAACAGCGGGAUGGGCUGCUACCACGGCAAGCACACCUUUGACCAGUUGAGUCACCUGCGGGCCUGCCUCAUCAAGGCUCUGAAGAUGGAGGGCAUGAACAACAUGCGCUACCCUCCCCACACGGCCAAGAAGCUGGGCUGGGCUCGCUUCUUCAUCCUCAAGAACUUCAACUUGGGCGGGAUCGGUCGCCUGCUGCUGCUCGCCGUCGUCGCCGUGAUGGCCGCCGCCGUCGUCCAGAAGUACCAGCUGCUGCAGAAGUACUACGGCUAAAGCCCACCAGGAUCCGGUUCCCCCAGCACUCGGAACCGACGAAUCAUUCCACGCGAAAUCGACCCGUUGAUUUUUUUGUCCUUUUUCCUUUGUUUGGAACUUUUCAAAGCGGCUCGCGCAUCCCGGAAAGCGAGCUGCACCUUUUGGUCUUCACGAGAAGGACCAAAACCUUUUUUCCUCCACUUCCCAGGGAGUCCUUUUCAUUUCACGAGUCAGCGUCCGCCCGGACCAAAGUCUCCGGAAGGUUCUGACCUUCCGUUUCUUGUUGGUCGUCGUUUAUUUUAUGACACUCGAACGCAUCACGUGGCUGCGUUAAGCAGAAGCCAGAAGGAACGCGUAGUGACUGUCGUUGCUCGAGGUUUUUACAACACUUGUAGGUUUUAUGACGGAAAAAAACUUCACGUGAAUCUCCUCUCGAAUGAUAUUCUAAUAAAUACAUUCAACAUCU